GUGGCUGCCUCGCUUCUCAGAGGCUCCUUCCUGAGGGGAAGGGGCUCCCUUCCCAGGGAAGGAGGCUGAAGCAGGUGUUGCAAUCCCCCAGCCCGGGGAAGGCCUGUCAGAAAGUCAGAAAAACUAACGACAGCCCUGGGUGGGGAGGGAAGGGAGGGAGGAGGAAGGUGUCAGAACAGUCUGUACUGAAGUAGUUUUCAGGAACUGAGCAAGAAAGGGGAUGAUGUGAGGCCCCGGGUGAAUUCCUGAGGAGGGCCAGCUCGAUCUCUGCGAAAUGACUGAAAAGGAGGCAAAAUCAUUCCAAGAAUGAGGUGAACAUCAACAAUGCAGCCAUGUGGCCCAGAGCCUGGAACCUUCUGGGAAUUUUUCUGUUCUUCCAGUUCUCUAACGGUCUUCGUGACUGUGGAGACAUCCAAGUGUCGGCUUCUGUCAUCCACCUGGGUGCCUCUGUCACAGCUUCUUGUACCAUCAACCCUAACUGCCUGAAACCAAUUGGCACAGCCACAAGAAUUGUGUGGAAGCUGGACUUGGAGAAGUUGCCUGAGAGUUGGCAACAUCAGAGGGAAGAUGGAAUUCUGCAAUCCAACAUUACCCUUCCCCACUUCAACCAUACCCGCGCCAUGCUCUCCUGUUGCCUGCUUUGGAAAGAGACUCUUCAGAUCAUAGAACAGGCAGAGUUGAAGGCUGGCUAUCCCCCUCAGCCACCCAGCAACUUCUCCUGUGUCAUGAACCAUACAACCCAGGUCCUCACCUGUCAGUGGAAGUCUGGUCCCAGCACAUACCUGCCCACCAACUUCACUCUGAAGAGCUACAAGAGCAAUGAUAACUGCCAGUCUAGGAAAGAACCCAUCCAAGACUGCAUCGCCAAAGAUGGUGAGAGCCAGUGCUCCAUCCUCCGAAACCAGCUUCUCUUGUACCAAAAGGUAGACAUUUGGGUGAAGGCAGAGAAUGUACUCGGAGAAGCUGAGUCUUCACACUUGUGUAUCAACCCCAUGGAAGUGGUAAAACUAGACCCCCCAAUACUCCAAGCUGCUAAGGCCAGCCCAGGCCUAGACUCCUCCCUUCGCCAGCCUGGAUGCCUCCGGCUAAAGUGGAAGAAGGCUAGGAUGAGCAAUCAUAUGGAGCAAAUGUGUGAGCUUCAGUACCAUCGUCCUGGGGAGCUGACCUGGGUCCUGGUGUCACCCUUCUUAAAUUCAAGUACCCAACAUGAGGGAGAUAAUGACCUCUGUGGUCUCCUCUCGGCCACUCGCUAUGUCCUGCAACUGCGGUGUAUCCGUUGGCCCAUGGGUGGUCACUGGAGUGACUGGAGCCGCAGCCUGGAACUCACUACCAAGGAGAGGCGUCCCAGGGUCAGAUUUGAUGUGUGGUGGAGGCGACGAGUACAGAAACUAAACCAUACAAUGAUGGACAUCCAACUUCUCUGGAAGCCAGUGCUUACAGAGGAAAAUGACAACAGAGUCCAAGGCUACCUGGUCUUCCCAAGUCCUCCAAGACAAGAUGGGGAGUCCCGGCCCCUCUGCAACACCACAGAGCUGAGCUGUGCCUUCCAGCUGCCAGAGAGGGCCAAAGAAGUCACCCUCACUGCCUACAACAUAGCUGGAGAAUCUUCCCCUACCACCAUCACUUUCUGGGAAUCCCAAGGUACCUCUGUGUCCAACAUCCACACUUCUGCCCCAGAUGCUCACAGCCUCUGGGUAGGAUGGGAUUACCCUCCAGGCCAGCCCCUCCCCAGGGCCUAUGUGAUAGAAUGGUGUCUGGCUCCAGCCCACCAAGAGGAUGACUGUAAUGGCAACUGGAAGAUUGAGCCCAACGGGAGCAGCACUGGGACCCUGCUGGAUGAGAACAUCAUGCCCUUCCAGCUGUACAAGAUCACUGUGUCCCCCCUGUAUGAUGGUACCAGAGGGCGUCCCCAGCACAUCUAUGCCUACUCCCGAGAAAAGGCUCCAUUCCAUGCCCCAAAGCUAAAGCUGAAGCAUAUUGGAAGGACCUGGGCAGAACUGGAAUGGGAGCCUGGGAUCCCAGAGCUGGGGAAAAGCCCCAUCACCCAAUACACUGUCUUCUGGACCAAUUCUCAGGACAAGGAAUUCUCUGUCAUCUUAAAUGCCUCAUCUCGAAGAUGCAUCCUCCGUGGCCUAGAACCCAGCACUAUGUACCAUGUCCAUCUCAUGGCUUCCAACCAAGCCGGAGGCAUUAACAGCACAGACCUCACAGUGGUGACCAUCGCCCUUGAGGAGAAAGAUAUCAACGUGCUCUUGAUCCUGAUCAGCUUCUUCUCUGUGUUGGUGUUCUGUGUUAUUAUUACACUUGUCUGCCUCCAUAAGAACCACAAGAUGAAGACUCAAUUCUGGCCAAAUGUCCCAGACCCAGCCCACAGCAGUCUGGGCCAGUGGAUCCCCACAAUCCUUCAUGGGGAGACCAUUCAUCUGUCAAGCCUGAGGGACCCUGCCAUGCCCCCUGUCUCCAAGAUCAUAGUCCUGAAGGAGGAGGAGAAGAAGUUGCCAGCACAAACAAUGGGAACAGAUGAAGAAGUCAAGAACCUCCCCCACCUGGUCCAGGCUUACAUUCUCCAAGGGGAUCCCUUCCUGCCAGAGCCCCAUCUCACCUCCAGUGACCCCAUCCAGUAUGGGAAGGUGAUGGGAAACCAAGGGUACCAGCGUCAGCACAGAUCACCUGCUGGGCUCUACCUGCGCUCGGAUUCCACACAGCCGCUUCUGGCUGACCUUACCCCAAGUCCCAAACUCUAUGAAAACAUGUGGUUCCAGAAAAGUCCCCCUGAUUCUAGGGUUCCCAGCUCUCAUGGCUUCCCAGAAGAAGACAGUGAUGAUUCCACCUUCCUUUCCUACUGCCCACAGGGACCACUCCUCGAUUUUCCCCUUCUGCAAGGUCUGAAGAUUGAAGGAGCUGAAGGACUGAGUGGCAUUUAGAAUCUCUUAUGGACUCCCAUCUCAACCUCCUUCCAUGCUAUAGGAUGGUAUAGGACAGAAAGCAUCCCAGUUUCCCAUUGUUCUCAAAACUAUACAGGAAAUUUUGGUUGCCCUAAUAGGGAAGAUAGCUCAGGACUUCUCCAGCUGAGUAUAGUGAGGGUCUUUUUUGCACAGUGGGGGACCUGGGGAAGAAUCACUAAAAGUACCUAGAACCCAGUCAUUUCCAAAAUGAUUGCUCUAUCCUCCAGCUCCUCCCCUUGUCCAAAAAGAUAUUCCUUGCCCCGAGUGGUCUGGCCCUGGCUGUUCUACCUACAGAUUUCUCCACCUGCAUCAUGUCUGUUCUGCAGGUUCAUAUCCUGACAAGAAAUGACUGUGUAUAUUUCCUAAAAUCAAAGAAUAUUGCCCUUAUCCCUUUUUGUAUCUGCCAUAUGUCUGCCAAAUGGACAAUAUUUUAAACUGAUUCUUUCAGAUUCUAA